AUGUCUUCAUUUGGAUUCUGGAACUGCAGGGGAGCUAGAAAGAGGAGAGCUUCCUUGUAUUUGAAGGAGAUUGUCAAAGGAAAUGGAAUUUUAUUUAUGGGGUUGCUAGAAACUAAAGUCACUUCCUUUUAUAGAAGUGAUAUUGAUAAAUUAACUGGACCUGGAUGGGAUUUCUUUCAAGUUCCCUCUAUAGGGAAAUCAAGUGGAUUAUUAAUAACUUGGAAUACUGCUAUGGCUUCAUUCUCAGUUUUUGAAUCUUCAAACCAAUUUAUAAUUGGGGACAUAGAUAUCAAAAACAAAGGGAGAUGGAGGAUUGCUACUAUCUAUGGUAGCUUGGAUGCUUACAAAAGGAUGAAUUUAUGGGAAAAAUUACAGCUUUAUAACUCCAAUAACAUUGCCAUGGUCAUUGGAGGAGACUUCAAUUGUAUUCUCAACAAAAAUGACAAAAAAGGAGGCAGGAAAUUUGUUUAUUCAAUGAGUGCCAAAGAGAUGGAAACUUUUAUCUCCUCAAAAGAUUUUCAUGAAAUAAGGAGCAUUGGACAAAAAAUUACUUGGAGUAAUAAUAAUUCUGGGAAUAACAAAAUUCUUGAAAGUCUGGAUAGGUGUUAUCUGAACUCAGUGGCGUUAAGCUCUCAUCAACAUAUGGUUGUCAAACACCUUGCAAGAAUAGCCUCGGACCACUGUCCAAUCAUCUUGAAAUUUCAGAAUUUCAAAUCUUACACUUCCAAAGUGAUUAAAUGUGAAGAUGUUUGGGUUAAUAACCCGGCUACUAAAACAAUUGUUAAAAAAAUCUGGAGCAAAAAAACUGAAGGAGAUUUCGGCCAGAUUUUAAAUAAGAAACUGAAAAUAACCUUGAAGAAUUUGUUCUUUUGGAGUAAAGACAAGCAUAAAUCCUUAAUGGAAGGGAAAGAAUCUCUCAACAAAGAAAUUUUAGAAUUGCAGGAGAAAGAUUGCAAUUUUGGGCUAUCAGAGGAGGAAUACUGGAUACUUAAAUCUAAAGUUGAAGAGCUUAAUUCCAUUUUGGCUCGUCUUGAUACUUGGUGGAGGCAACGUGCUAAGGUGAAAUGGGCUUUGGAAGGGGAUAUCAACUCUAAAUUUUUUCAUACUUUUGCUAGUGCAAGGAAGAAUGCUAAUUUUAUAAACAAAAUCAAAGAUGAUAAUGGAGAGGAGACGGAAGAUCAGCUUUUAAUUGAAGAUGUUAUGUUCAAAUUUUUCAAAAAUAAAUGGAAAUUCAGAGCUUGCAAACUUGAAGGUUGGCCUAAUAAUUACUUUUAA